AUGGAAAAUGUUCGAAAUCUCAUUGAAGCCUCAUUCCCGGAUGUGAAAAAUUUCAAAAAAGAAAUAGAUGUCAAAAUCGAAUGUCUAGAAAAUGCCCGAAGUUUUUGGUCGGAAUGUUAUCGCGUCACACUAACUCCAAAAAAUGCUGAAAUUAUGUACAAAGUUGUCUCACCACUUUUCAUCAAGGUAUUUAACACUAGUGAUUUUUUUUAAAUUAAAAAACAAUUAAUUUCAGGUUUCUCGAAUAUCCGACACUAACAGUUGUUUGGACGCAGACAAUGAAGAAGAAAACACCAAAAUUUUACUGAAACUAUCAGAAAGAGAAACCCAGUUUCUCAACGAUUUUCGCAAUUUCGACUUCAAAAAUUUCCCAAUUCCCCGCAAUUUUUUGGCAAUUGAUAUUGAUUUGGACAAAACUCCGGGUGGACUUGUAUCAGAAGAUUUGAGUGGAUUUGCAAAAUCAGUGCAAUAUAUUCCAGGAUUCACCGAUUCACAAAUGCUUCAAAUUUUAAGAGCAUUGGCAGGCUUUCAUUUUUCAGUGUUAUCAAAAUCUAAUGAAAUUCUAUGGGAAAAUUAUGAGAAUAGUUUGUAUGAUGCAGAUUAUAUCAAUAUGCUGGUAUGUGACAUUUUUCAAUUGUUUUUAUUCAAGUUCAAAAAAAAAUUCCAGUACAACGAUACUUUGGACCUCGAAAACAUUGUUCCCGACCAAUUUGCUGGUAAAAUUCAAUCAAUAAAACAUAUCUUCAAUACUGAUUCUGUUCGAAUUGCCCAAGAAUCUGAUAAAUUGCAAAAUAUGCCCGAAGUUUUAUCGCAUAAUGAUUUGAAUUCGUCGAAUAUUUUAUGGAAUACUGAAAAUGGAAAAAUUGCCGGAUUUAUUGAUUUUCAACAUUUGGCGAGAGGUUCGAUUGUUUUUGAUAUUAUUCGAUUAUUAACACUUGGAUUAUCUGUUGAGAAAAGAAGGGAAAAUACGAUUAGGUAAGUUUUUCGGAGAAUAUUUCAAUCCAAAAAAAUUGAUUCAAAUUCUGAAAAAGACCCAUUUUAAAAAUCUCGAGAAAAAUGUUUUGUAAAAAAUUUGAAUCCAAAAAAAGGGGCCAGAUUUUUAUUAAAUAUUUUUCGAAAAACAUUUCAAAUUAUUGUAAGGAAUAAACUUCUUAAAAAUUAUGAAAACAGUGCAAAUAUAAUUUUUUUUUAGUUGAAAAUCAAAAAUUUCAGCCAGAAAUCGCCAAAAAUUGAUUUCGGAAAAAAACUUAUAAUUGUUCCAGAUAUCUCCAAUUUUAUUACGACUCCCUCGCCGAAUUAUUGGGUGAUGAGCUGAAUUUCACAUUUGAACAGGUACUGAUUUUUUUUCUUCAAAAAAUAGAAAUCUCCACAAAAAUGAACUAAAAUCGAUCAUAUUUUAACACCAGAAAUUCGAAAAAAAAAAUUAAUUGGAUAGUCUUGAAACAGUAAAUUUUUUUUUCGAAAAAAACCGAUCAAAUUUUAAAUUUCCAGCUUCUUCUCUCAUUCCACACACAUUUUGGAUUCGUCAGCGCCACAACAUUAUUUGGUUGCUAUUAUUACUAUAAAAUGUAUAAUGAAGACUCGAUAAACCUUGCUGAGAAACAAAAUUCCUCCUCAGACGCUCAAGAAAUUCUUAACAGAGCACUUGGAAUUAUUGAAGAUAUUGAGAAAUUGAGAAAAUAG